GACCAAUCGCUGACACUGCUGUGACCGUGUCAAGGUCACUGCCGCCCCUGCUGACCGGCCGGACCGCAGACCGAGCCGAGUUUUUGGCGGAGUGCUGUCCGAGGGAGUCCUGGUAGAGGUCCCCCGAGGAGUGCUCGUGCUCCAUGGACAGGGAGUGUCCCGGUAGAGUGCCGACCGGAGAGUGAUAACGAGAGUGUCCGGGGGGAGUGCCCUGAGAGAGUGCCGACCACAGAGUGCGGCGGUGGUGAGGUGCUGUCCGCGGAGUGCCCCGAGAGAGUCGAGAACCGUCCGCGGAGUGCCACUCAGAGUGCCCUGGGGAGUGCCGGUCGACAUGUGGCGACAGAUGGAGCCCAGCUGGGACGUCUCCCGGUACGAGAAGUUUGUGCUGGAUCUACAGACGCCGCCGCCCAUACAGCCGCGGGCACAGAUGUCAGUGGAGGACCAGCACGAGUGGCUGGAGGCGCGGCGGGUCACCCUGAUGGCUCACAUGGAGCUGGCGCUGGCCGCCCACGACGCCGUGCCGCAGGGCCUGCUGGACGAGUGGUGCCGGCUGCAGCGCGCCAGGGACACCCUGCUGCGACACAGGAUCUGUCGGGACAACUGGCCGCUGUACCUGCGCGAGCUGGGCCGGCUGGGGCGCCGGCUGCGCGCGCUGCUGCGCUGGACCGUCUGCGACUCGUGGGACGUGCAGCAGCUGGGCCAGCUCAGCUCCGACUGGCUGCUGGUGGCCGGGAGGCUGCACGGCUCCGGGUACCACAGCCACCACUCGCUGCCAGUGCACUCCCUGCUGGACACGGGGCUCCAGUCGGCAUCCCCUCGGCCGCCCUGCACGCCGCCGCCACCGAGUGGCCCCGCGGGCCAGUUCAGCUCACCCGGCCGCUCACCGGCCCACGGACUCUCACCACGGACUCUCACCCCGUCCCCGGCCUGUCGCCGAGGUCAGGUCAGGUCACGGACCUUCUCCCCGGCGGCGGGUCGCGGCCCGAGGAGACGGGUCACUGCAGCAGAGACCGGCCAGGGGUGUCCGACCCGCCCGGCGACCCUGGCGCGCUGGCUGACCUCCCCUGACCGCUGGCCGGGGCGGGGUGACAGCUGGCGAAGGACCUCCUCCUACCUCACGCCCUGAUGUGGGGACCGGCAGCCUCGUCUUACAGCGCCGGAGGAGUGACAGGCUGAGAGCUGCCGCCGUCAAUCGCGGAUGGGUUUGAAUGCCGAAAAAUAUUCUAAUGGUGCGCUCGAAGGAUUUUAUAACGUCAAGGCGUAGGUGUAUUUUAUAGAUAAUUUUGUGUGGUUUCGAUAAGCUGACUUCCAGCAUCUCUUCGCUUCUAGAAGCUCGCGAGUCUUUUACAGGCUGUUUGAAAAGAUGUCUUACAGCACCGGUUUGUUUUAAAAAGUGUAUACUAUGUUUUACAUGUGUCAUUGCUUAUUUAUAUGGUGGUCAUUUUGAUGCAAUACGAAUACAUAAUCCUUGAAGUAAAAAA